UGUCAAAUAAAGGUGCUGUCACAGCCGUACAGCAAAAACAUUUAAAUUUAAUAGUUUAUUAUUAAUAUUUAUUCUAAUAUUUAUUAAAAACCAAAGUGUCAUUUGUAAUAAUUAGUGGAGUCUAUCAUUUUGUAUCUUGUUAAUUUCAUUUACAUAUAGUUUUUCUUAUAAUAGAUGGAUACAAUAAUCAAUUGCACAAUGUCUAGAAAGAGAACAAGAAGUCGCUCUGAAGAAGUAAUAACUCCAAAUUCAUGUGUUCAACCACUCCAAAUGUCUCUUGUUCGAGAAGCACCAUUUAGUGAUGAACCUGAGGCUAUUCGAAAUAGAGAAAUAUGUGAUUAUUCUCAGCAAAUAACUUAUGAAAUGGCUUGUAGUGGAAGAUCUUCACGUCCAGUUAGAGUUUAUGCUGACGGAAUCUAUGAUUUAUUCCACCAGGGACAUGCAAGGCAGCUUUUACAAGCAAAAAAUGUUUUUCCUAAUGUGUAUCUUAUUGUUGGAGUUUGCAGUGAUUCCCUGACUCAUAGCAAAAAAGGAAGAACUGUUAUGAACGAAUUUGAACGAUACGAAGCGCUUAAGCAUUGUAGAUAUGUAGACGAAAUUGUGAGAGACGCUCCAUGGGAAGUAGAUGAGGCAUAUGUUGCUAAACACAAAAUAGAUUUUAUUGCCCACGACGAUAUCCCUUACGGCACCGAUGAAAGUAAUGAUAUAUAUGCUUAUUGGAAAACUAAAGGUAUGUUCGUAGCUACAGAACGCACGGAAGGAGUAUCUACCUCUGAUAUAGUAGCCAGAAUAGUUCGAGAUUAUGAUAUGUAUGUAAGAAGAAACUUGGCUCGUGGCUAUUCUGCUAAAGAUUUAAAUAUUUCUUAUCUUAAUGAAAAAAAGAUAAGAUUACAAAAUAAAAUGCAUGAAUUAAAAGAUAAAGGAAAACGGGUUAUUGGUACCAUUGGAGAAAGAAAAGAUGAUAUGAUUGCAAAAUGGGAAGAAAAAUCAAGAGAAUUCAUUGAAAACUUUUUACUUCUUUUUGGAAGGGAAAGAUUAACAAACAUUUGGAAUGAAAGUAAAGGAAAAAUUUUAAAUGCUUUAAGUCCACCUAGUUCACCUUUUCCUCCUGCCAGUCCAAGCUCAAGUAAUGAUGAAUUUGAUUUUGGAGAGGAUGAACUUCCCCCAAGGAAAAAUGCAAGAUAUGAAUCUAACAAAUUUCAUAACAAUGAUGAUUACAGCGACGAAGAUGAUUAUAUUUCAGCUUCUUCAAAUAGUAUAAAUCAAAAUUAGGUAUGAUAUACCUAAACCGUAUGCUGUUAAAUAAAAUUUAUUGUGUAAUUUAUAAUACUUUACAAUGUUAUUACAGAUUUAUUGUAUUUUU